AUGAACAAGUUUGGAUUAAUACAUCUUUGUUUAUUUCUCACGCACGAUACGAUUUUCUUUUGUUUUACUGUGGAUGGUGCUAGUUGUAUCAGCUCAUUAAGGAGACAGUCGGACAGCAGCAAUGAGAAGUGGCUCAACAUCUCAGCUCCACCAUCAAUGAGAAAAUCAGGCUUAGCUCCACUUCGUAGCAGAAGGUUCACACAGCUAUCAUUUUCCAAAUCUGUAUAUUCAUUUGAAGUGAGAGAAGACACACCCCCUGGGACAAUUGUGGGACAUGUGGAGGCUGUAUAUAGCAAGAAGAAUGAAACCUCAGUUUACUCAGUUCAGGAGGAUGAUGGCGAUGGCCUUUUUCUUCUCAAUCCACAUUCUGGAGAAUUCCUCCUGUCCCGUGCUCUGGAUUUUGAGCUGGAGCACAACUACAUCUUAACUGCUGGAGCUCAGCAGGGGGGCAGUGAGCUUAUCAGGGUCAGGGUUUACUUCAAUGUGAUUAAUGUCAAUGACAACCCACCGGUGUUCAGCCAGAAUGCUUUCUAUGCCUCCAUACCGGAAGACUCACCUGUUGGGAUGUGCUUCCUAAGUUUGAAUGUUUCAGAUCCAGAUGAAGGUAUUUAUGGAGAAGUGGAGUUAGCGGUCACAUCUGGAGAUCUUGAGAAUAAGUUCUCAAUAAAUCAAGAGGGAGCUCUGUGCCUAAACGCUGAAUUAGACAGAGAAACAUAUGCAAUGUACAGCCUUAUUGUCCAAGCCCAUGAUCAUGCUUUACCCACAGAGACUCAACUCACAAGCUCAGUGCAUGUUACCGUCUAUCUUAUGGAUGUCAAUGACAACCCCCCACUUAUCACAACACCCAGUACUGUUAGUUUUCCAGAGAACGCACCUCUUCAUUCUGCUGUGACAGUCGUACAGGCCACAGAUGCUGAUGCUGGAUCUAAUGGUGAAUUUGUUUUUAGUUUUGAAAGUGCAGAAGAUGAAUCUUUCAGUAUAAAUAGUUCAACCGGGGUUGUUUACCUGCAGAAGCCAUUGGACAGGGAAACCAAGGAUGUCAUCAGAGUUAUGCUGAAAGUCAAAGAUAAAGGUAUUCCUGCAUUGUCCAGUUUAAUGAACCUCACAGUGCUUGUUGAAGAUGUCAACGACCACAAUCCAGAGUUCACUCAGAGCUCUUACAGCCUUUCAAUAUAUGAGGAUGUAUCUCGUGGAACAAGUAUACUAAAAGUUGAUGCAAGCGAUUGUGAUAUUGGGCCGAAUGGACUGGUCCGGUUUUCUAUCUCAGAGAGUGGGUUCAUGGUGGACUCUGUUUUAGGUAUAGUCUUAGUGAUAGAGAAGAUGGACCGAGAAAAGACACCUUUCUACAGCUUUUCAGUCUUUGCAGAAGACCAGGGAGAUGUUCAAAGAUCCACCACUGCAACUAUCAACAUCACAAUCCUAGACGUCAAUGACUGCAUGCCUAUUUUUUCACCAGAAUCCCUUAUUUUACAUGUUUUGGAAAAUGGAGAGGACUCUUCUCAGCAAACACAUCAGAUACAGGCAUCUGAUGAGGACUUGGGAGCUAAUGGUCAGCUGACUUAUUCUAUAGAAUCAGGAAAUGAUGAGAAUCUUUUCUCACUUCAUUCCAAUGGAACCAUCCAGAUCUUAGAAAAUCUUGACAGGGAAGUGAAAAACCAAUACAUGUUGGAAGUUAUUGCUGUUGAUUCAGGAUUUCCAUCACUGACAGGCUCAGGCACUUUAAUCAUUGUUGUAGAUGAUGUCAAUGACAACAUUCCAGUUUUUGAAAAGGAUAUAUUCACUGCUCAUAUAUUGGAGGAUUCUCCUCUUGGAACUUUUUUUCUGAGAAUUACAGCUUCAGACUUAGAUGAUGGCACCAAUGGCCAGCUAAGAUAUUCUUUAGCGGGCCUCGAUUUUCCAUUUUUAAUCAAUGCAACAUCUGGGGAUUUGUUCACUGUAAGUGCUUUGGACAGAGAGACAGUGCCUUUCUACAGAUUUUUGGUUAUCGUCAGUGAUGGUCAUCCCACAAUGCCUCUUUCCAGCUCAGCUGCUGUUGUGGUAACAAUUGAUGAUGUGAAUGAUAACUUCCCAUCAUUUCUAUAUGGACCAUAUGUGGCCAAUAUACCUUUUGGGUUAACCAAAGGAUCAGUUGUUUGCACAGUGAUGGCAGAAGAUGCAGAUGUUGAAUUGAAUGCAAAACUAAACUUUUCUCUGCAAGGUCAACAUGCCCAUCUCUUCUCCAUUAACUCUCACACGGGAACAGUGUUCAUUUCAGAUUCAAUAAGUAGAAGAAAUGACAUCACAGUUGAUGUUCAUGUGCAGGAUGGAGCAGAAAUGGCAAAAAUGGACACAACAACCUUGACUGUCAGAUUUUGGAAUGACUCAUACUUUCCUCAAAUUGCAGUCCAGGUUAAUAAGAACAUUCUCUUUGAGGACACACCCAUCGAUACCUUAGUGGCCAUUGUGACUGCAGAAACAUUGAGAAAUGCAACAGUGUAUUUCUAUCUGCCCUCUGGAACUUUGGGGAGGUUUUUGAGCUUCAUCCCAGCACUGGCGAGUUGA